GGUAGGUUUCGGGCUGCGUGGGGACGGCGGGUUCGGGUCUGGGGUGGACGCCACCAGCCGGAUCUUGGCGGCCAGAAAACAAGUCCCUGCCGGUCUUCAGGACCCGGCAGCAGCCAGCGGGGCCGAAGCCAGGGUGCACAGCCCGGAGGCCGGGGCUGAGCAAGUGUCCGGGCCGGGGCGCGCCAGAUGAUGGAGCUGGAUGUCCUUCUAUGAAGCAGUGCCACAUGGUCCAAAGGCAAACAUGUACGGGCUACUGCCAUCGUAGAAAUCCAGGGCCCAGAAACGGCUCUGCUUUGGGGAAUCAGGUGAGGUGCGACCCAGGAACAAGAAGCAUACCCUCACCAAUGACAUCAUGACAGCAAGAGAGCACAGCCCUCGCCAUGGUGCCAGGGCCCGUGCGAUGCAGCGGGCUUCUACCAUUGAUGUGGCGGCCGACAUGGUGGGCCUCUCUCUGGCAGGAAAUAUCCAAGACCCAGAUGAGCCCAUUUUAGAAUUCAGCUUAGCUUGCAGUGAGCUGCAUACUCCAUCGCUAGAUCGAAAACCAAAUAGUUUUGUGGCUGUGAGCGUCACCACCCCUCCGCAGGCAUUCUGGACAAAGCAUGCGCAGACGGAGAUCAUCGAGGGAACCAACAACCCUAUCUUUCUAAGCAGCAUUGCCUUCUUUCAAGACUCCCUUAUCAAUCAGAUGACCCAGAUUAAGCUGUCCGUGUACGAUGUCAAAGACAGAUCUCAGGGAACAAUGUACUUACUGGGCUCUGGAACAUUCGUAGUCAAAGAUCUGCUCCAGGACAGGCAUCACAGAUUGCAUCUGACACUGAGAUCUGCAGAGAGUGACCGAGUUGGUAACAUAACUGUGAUCGGCUGGCAGAUGGAAGAAAAGUCAGACCAACAGCCCCCUGUGACCCGGUCACUGGACACUGUCAAUGGAAGGAUGGUUCUGCCCGUUGAUGAGAGCUUGACCGAGGCCUUGGGAAUCCGAUCCAAAUAUGCUUCUUUGCGAAAAGACAGCUUACUGAAAGCGGUGUUUGGUGGUGCCAUCUGCCGCAUGUACCGCUUCCCAACUACUGAUGGCAACCACCUACGGAUCCUGGAACAGAUGGCAGAGAGCGUCCUCUCCCUGCACGUGCCUCGGCAGUUUGUGAAGCUACUGCUGGAAGAAGAUGCAGCCAGAGUAUGUGAGUUGGAAGAGUUGGGGGAGCUGUCCCCUUGCUGGGAGAGCCUCCGGCGCCAGAUUGUCACCCAGUAUCAGACUAUCAUUCUCACCUACCAGGAGAAUCUGACCGACCUCCAUCAGUACAAAGGUCCUUCGUUUAAAGCAAGCAGUUUGAAAGCAGAUAAAAAGUUAGAAUUUGUUCCCACAAACCUGCACAUACAACGGAUGCGAGUUCAAGACGACGGAGGCUCAGAUCAGAACUACGAUGUCGUCACUAUUGGAGCCCCAGCAGCACACUGCCAAGGUUUUAAGUCAGGAGGUCUUCGAAAAAAGCUGCACAAGUUUGAAGAGGCCAAGAAGCAUACAUCUUCUAGCUGCCAGUCCAUAAUCUACAUACCACAGGACAUCGUCCGAGCCAAGGAGAUCAUUGCCCAGAUCAACACCCUGAAAACCCAAGUUAGCUACUAUGCAGAACGGCUCUCAAGGGCUGCGAAGGACAGGUCUGCCACUGGCCUUGAGAGGACUCUCGCCAUCUUGGCAGACAAGACUCGGCAGUUGGUGACUGUCUGUGAUUGUAAGCUGCUGGCCAACUCCAUCCAUGGGCUGAAUGCAGCACGGCCUGACUACAUUGCGUCCAAGGCCUCCCCUACCUCGACUGAGGAGGAACAGGUGAUGCUUCGGAAUGACCAGGACACCCUCAUGGCCAGGUGGGCAGGGAGGAGCAGCCGGUCUUCCCUGCAGGUGGACUGGCAUGAGGAGGAGUGGGAGAAAGUGUGGCUGAAUGUGGACAAGAGCCUGGAGUGCAUCAUUCAGCGGGUGGACAAGCUGCUGCAGAAGGAGCGUCUGCAUGGGGAGGGCUGCGAGGACGCUUUCCCCUGUUCAAGCACCUGUUCCAGCAAGAAAGAUUGCAGCCCCCCUCCUGAAGAGUCCAGUCCAGGUGAGUGGAGUGAGGCUCUUUACCCUCUGCUGACCACCCUCACAGACUGUGUGGCCAUGAUGAGCGACAAGGCCAAGGCGGCCAUGGUCUUCCUGCUCAUGCAGGACAGUGCCCCGACCAUCGCUUCAUACCUCAGCCUGCAGUAUCGCCGUGACGUCGUCUUCUGCCAAACUCUGACAGCCCUCAUCUGCGGCUUUAUCAUCAAGCUGAGGAACUGCCUGCACGACGGUGGCUUCCUGCGGCAGCUCUAUACCAUCGGGCUUCUGGCCCAGUUUGAGAGCCUGCUGAGUACCUAUGGAGAGGAGUUGGCCAUGUUGGAGGACAUGAGCCUUGGAAUCAUGGACCUGAGGAAUGUGACCUUCAAAGUCACUCAGGCCACAUCGAAUGCAUCAAGUGACAUGCUGCCAGUCAUCACAGGAAACCGGGAUGGCUUUAACGUGCGAAUCCCUCUGCCAGGCCCACUGUUUGACUCCCUCCCCCGAGAGAUCCAGAGCGGCAUGCUGCUGCGGGUGCAGCCUGUCCUCUUCAACGUGGGCAUCAACGAGCAGCAGACACUGGCCGAGAGGUUUGGAGAUACAUCCUUACAAGAAGUUAUCAAUGUGGAGAGCUUGGUGCGGUUAAAUUCCUACUUUGAGCAGUUUAAGGAGGUUCUGCCGGAGGACUGUCUACCUCGAUCUCGGAGUCAGACCUGCCUUCCAGAGCUGCUGCGGUUUCUGGGACAGAAUGUCCAUGCACGCAAGAAUAAGAAUGUGGACAUCCUCUGGCAAGCUGCUGAGGUCUGUCGCCGCCUUAAUGGGGUCCGAUUCACCAGUUGCAAGAGUGCCAAGGACCGCACAGCCAUGUCGGUGACCCUGGAGCAGUGUCUGAUCCUGCAGCAUGAGCACGGCAUGGCCCCGCAGGUCUUCACACAAGCCCUGGAGUGCAUGCGCAGUGAGGGUUGUCGGCGAGAAAACACAAUGAAGAAUGUUGGAAGUCGCAAAUAUGCAUUUAACUCCCUGCAGCUGAAGGCCUUCCCCAAGCAUUACAGGCCUCCAGAAGGGACUUACGGAAAAGUUGAGACAUGAACACACGGUUUCCUCUAAUUAGCUGUUACGUAAUCAAUGUGGGUCCCUGUAGUGUCACAUACGAUUCUUCAAGAAGACCUGAAGGAUUGCUUUUUAUUUUUGUGUUUUUAAAGACAUGUCACUGAAGAGUCUGUGGAGCAUGAUUUUGUGCUGGAAUCUGUAGGGUCACGUGUGGGUCAGUAGUGUGGAUAGUAACGGCUGCUCUCAACAGCUUUCAGCUGUCACUAGACAGUUAAUGUCAUAGUUCCUAGAUGCCAGCUAGGUCUGCCUAAAACUCCAGCAGACUUUUUCAGAUAUCCACUUAGGCACUGCUCGUCCUGUUCAUUUCUCAGUUCAGUAACUCACAAGUGAACACUAACUUAAAAUCUACUUUCAAAAAUACUGAAUAUAAAACAGGAAGUACCUACCCCCUUACACUUCAGGUCCCAGGCAGAGCAGUAGAUGUUAACUUAGCUUGGGGGAAAGAACCUCCAGGCCAUGAGAGAGGCUGGUUCUAGUGGCCCUCAAAGGCCACCACUCUGUGAAACCCAAAGUGGAAGGAAAGCUUGGUUGGUCACACCAGGAGCUCACACACCCAGAACCACACUGUUCCUGCCCUCACAAGUCAUAGAUGAGGCUCUGCUUGAGAUGUAAAGCCAGCUGUGAGGUCCUGGACUCCGACCCCCACCCCGGCACCCCUGUAUGCUCCAUGUAUGCUUAGCUCUACCCCACAGGGUGUAUCUCCCUUUGUUCUCUGGCAGUCAGGACCUUCAAUAUGGUUUGUCAGGUGUCUGGGAGACAACUCUCCAGAUGGGAAUUUAGAGCCAGAGAGACAGUAGAAACUUAAAUAUUUUCAGAAUAAAUGUUGAGGGAGCUUUCUAAUAGUCUUCUAGAAGACCGUAAAUCAUGUUUGAAUGUCUAGAGAAAGCGUCUUAGUUUCUGGUCUGCAAUAAUGGUUAUGGUCCCCCUCCUGUUUCACAGCUAUUGAGAAACAGUUAAAACUGUCCCCUACCUUGAGAGUCUGAGAGGAGGUUAUGGGACAGGAACUCGAGGGAUUUUAUAGACAGUUCAUUCUGCUCAUCUUUUACGAGGUGGCGAUGAGCCUUAUCUGCACAUGGCAGAUUUUUUUUCCUUAGAGAUUUACAUGUUCUGUAAGUUCUGUUCAUCGUAAUUCUGUUUACACAUUAUUUAAAAGGCCGUAAAAAAGUGUAUAUGGACUGUAUUCAUGAUACUGAUCCUGAUGAUUCGUGACCACCGUGGCAUUCUUAAAGAAGCCCAGCUAACUUUCUUUUGGCUCCUUCAGAGACAGGUCACAGCUUGGAUCUGGGACAUUUGAGGCAUAGACAGGACUAGUCUUGGCAAGAGACAGGGAGGGUGCAGGCAUCCCUCUACCAGUGUGCAGACAGCCUCCUGUCUCCUGGUGCCUGCUGGGAGGAGGAUGUACUCUGCUAAGGGGUGGUGUAGCUCGCUGCCCCACCCUCCAGGCAGGGCACUGUGGAAGGUGAGUGGCCGGAAGUUCUCUUCACCCAACCCUCCACUCAGGUCUGCUCUGCUGCCAUCAGUUGUCCUGAAGCCUCAGGCCCUGAUCAGGCCUGGUUAAAGGUGGCUGAGUCUCAGUGCGGCUGGCUGAGCCUUUUAACUCCUGGUUGGUUCACUUACUCUUAGGUUUUAGGUUUUUUUAUUUGUUUUUUUUUUUUCUCAUUUUGACAUCACUGCCUUUUAAAAGUAUUUCUUCAGAUUUUAGAAUUAAAUGUUUCCUGUGUUCUCCAGCUUUCCUUUCUGUCCAAAGGGCAUUUGACCGUCCACACUUACAAAGGGAACAGGCGAAGCUGACUCAUCUGUUGGCUUCUGCAUGUGAAUUACUUUCUCAGUUUCUGUUUUAUAAUAUGAAUCACUGUAAAACUCUAAGACUUGGCUAAUCACAGAAAAGAUUGUGGCUUCAGUGUUUUCUCUGAAGGCAUUGUAACUGGUUUCCAGAGCAUCACACAUGCCCCGGAAGGAUCCUCUCACACAGAAUGGGCUCAGCAAGCUCCUGGGCUGUGCACAGGGGGCCGAGUUGUUCCCUGUAGGAGGAAAACAGUUUUACAGACGGCCCAUCCAGCGUCUACCCCCAUUUAAAAGGAAUGCGCAGUCUCUGGACAGCUGGGAAUGCCGUGCGGAUCCUGUCAGAGCUCCUGCAGCACAGCUGCCUUUACUGUCCUUUAAAGAUGUAAAAAUGUUGUACAGUACUGUUUUAUCUCCCGACACUUGUAUUUGCUCAGCUUACUGCAUUUAAAUACUUUUAUUUAUUUAUUUGUUUGGGACAGUAUUAAUAUAUAUGAACAUAUAGUCACUGUUUUAUAUAUUCUUAGCUUAUUCAAAGCCAUGUAUGCUGUAAAUGUGCUUGGCUUUAGAAUGGUAAAUAAUAAAAACUGACAAGAACAUUAAACUCA